ACGUGACCUUACAGCUGAUUUCCUUGGAUGGAGUGUUUUUGCUUGAUGUUCGCCUCGCGCUGCCUGGCUAUGACUGCGCUUCUGGGAGAUUUCAGAUCAGUCGUGGCACACUGACACGCAGCGAUCCCCGAGACAUUAUGGCCCAGGCUGCUCAGAUGAAUGUCAUCGAGAUCAACAGCCCCAUUCGCGUUGAACACGACAAAAAACGACGCCAGUUCAGCAUCCGUCUCAACGGUUCUUAUGAUAGAGCCGUGUUGCUGUAUGAAUAUGUGGGGAAGAAGACGGUGGAUCUGCAACACACUGAGGUUCCAGAUGCUUACCGAGGACGAGGAAUCGCCAAGCACCUGGCCAAGGCAGCGAUGGAUUUUGUGGUCGAGGAAGACCUCAGGGCUCACCUGACCUGCUGGUACAUUCAAAAGGGAGUGAUGGCGGCGGCGGGCGAGUGUUACAUCGUGCACGAGAUCUACAAUGGUGAGAAUGCGCAGGAGCAGUUUGAGUAUGAGCUGGAGCAGGCCCUGGAGGCACAAUAUCCCUACAUUGUCAUUGAGCCGACGCGCAUUGGGGACGAGACGGCGCGCUGGGUGGCCGUGGGGAACUGCCUGCACAAGACGGCCGUACUAGCGGGCGCCGCAUGUCUCUUUACACCGCUGGCACUGCCUGCUGAUUAUUCUCGCUACGUAGCUCUGCCCGCCGGCGCCCUCAGCCUGGCCUGCGCCGCUCUCUACGGCAUCUCGUGGCAGUUCGACCCGUGCUGCAAGUACCAGGUGGAGUACGACAGCCGGAAGCUCGCGCGCCUGCCGCUGCACACGCUCACCUCAUCCACGCCCGUGGUGCUGGUGCGCCGCGACGACGUGCACAGAAAGAGACUGCACAACACAAUAGCGCUCGCCGCCCUGGCCUACUGCGCCAAGAAGAUCUAUGAACUGUACGCCGUAUGAACGUACACACGCGCACAACACACACGUACUGAUACAUCAUCUCACACACAUGUACACACACAUACACAUGCUGAGAGGGAGGUGAGAAGCACUACUAAAUACAAACACAAACGUGACAGAAAGCCAAAAGGCAGAUGGAUGCAGGGACGGAGAGAGCGAUCACCCAGAACGGGAAGAACCUAGCAGCGCUCUCUUCUUCACUUUUUUCCCAUCUGUGCGCUUCAAUGGAGGAACGAAAUGCCGGGAGGGAUGGGAGGAUGAAUGGAUGAGAAGACGGUGCGGGGGGGGGGGGGUUAUGGUUUAUUGGAGAAGUAAGAUUCUUCCCCCCCCCUUUCCUGCACUGUUAAGUGACAUCAGCAAUGCACUUGACAACCCCGUCCCCUCCUUUUCUCUCCUUAUCCCUGGCUGAGCUCCUGCACCUGUGCAGCAACUGUCAGACCGUGACCGCAUGGUGGACAGGCGAACACACAGACAUGUUUUAAGUAUUACUUUGAAGCCCUCUCUCUCCCCUCCCCUGUGUAGUUUUACUGUACCCUGCCUUGGUGCAUCACCUUUUCAUUAAACAGUAGGAGAUUUAACCUCA